AAAGUGUUGCAGAGUGGUCCACAGCCUCACCAGAGCGAGCAAGAACGUUACAGAAUUUGAAUCCUCCUGCAACAUCCGCGGGUCUGUCAUAUCCAUUGGAGUCCAGGGAGAAAGAGGACUUUGCUGUGGGGUUUCUCGUGCCAAGAGAGAGGGGUGUAUUUCACCAUUUUUUAAAUCUCCUCUGUGAAUAAUCAAAGAUAACUAUGUCAAAGAAUUUCAAAAGUGGACCAUCCUUCGGACUUUCUGCCGAGGUCAAAAGUAAGUUGGCCCAGAAGUAUGACCCCCAGAAGGAGGAGGAGCUGAGGCUGUGGAUCCAGGACGUAACAGGCAAGAAGAUCGCUGAUCCUUUCAUGGAGAACCUAAAGGAUGGGGUCAUCUUGUGCGAACUUAUCAACACACUUCAGCCAGGAUCUGUGAGAAAGAUUAACACUUCCCCUCAAAACUGGCAUCAGCUGGAAAACAUUGGCAAUUUUGUCCGAGCCAUCACAGUUUAUGGUAUGAAGCCAUACGAUUUGUUUGAGGCCAACGACCUGUUUGAGAAUACCAACUACACCCAGGUCCAGAGCACGCUCAUCACCCUGGCUGGAAUUGCCCAGUCCAAAGGUUUCCACUCCAAACAUGACAUGGGAGUGAAGUAUGCGACAGCACACCAGCGCCGUUUUGCCCCAGACAUGCUGAAGGAAGGGCGCAAUGUCAUCGGCCUGCAGAUGGGUACCAACAAACUUGCCAGCCAGAAGGGCAUGACAUCUUAUGGCACGCGGCGUCACCUGUAUGACCCGAGGGGGGGCAUGGAGAACCCUCUGGAUCAGUCCACCAUCAGCCUCCAGAUGGGCACCAAUAAGGGUGCCAACCAGUCUGGCAUGACGGCCCCUGGCACCAGGAGACACAUCUAUGACAAGAGUCUGGGCUUGGAGGAAUGCGACACCUCCACCGUUUCACUGCAGAUGGGCACCAACAAGAUGGCGUCCCAACAGGGCAUGACCACAUACGGCCUCCCUCGGCAGGUCUACGACAACAAGUACUGCUCCAACCCUGAUGAAUUCGUCAACAACGGAGAGAGGGCUGAGUUUGACGGUACUAUGUACUAUGACUAAAGAGAACAUGAUAACCCCAGUCCCCUCCUCUCAAGAACCCCUCUCCACCAGCAAGACCACCCAAACUGUUAUUUACUGUUUCCAUUAUUCUCGUCCCUUGCUGUUUUUUUUGUGAUCAACCAUUCAAAUCAUUUUUGUCCUUUGAGAGGAUUCAUGCCUGGUUCAAUCUCUUUGACCUUAUUAUUUUAAAUCACUUUAAUGUAGUGGCCCACACCCCUCUCUCCCUUUGCAAUGGAGAUUUUUCUAUUCAAAUACGGUGAAAAAUAAAUACUAAGAGAUACUAAUAAUGUCAAGAGACCCAUUCCUUAAUCAAUCUUAUUGUUAUGUCAUUUUUUAAAUUUAUAGAUCUUUUAUAGUUUAUAAAAAUGUAUAUUUUCAGUUGUAGAUCCCCCAUCCAGUUUAAACAUUGAGAAUAAAGGAAAAUGUUCCUUGAAUGGAAAGAAGUGACCGACAUGUUGCUGUUAACCUUUAACCCCUGAGGAACAGGAGUCUGGUCUGGGAUUCAAUCCCUCUGGAUGACUCGGGGCCCACAGAAUCAGACGGAGUCUUCCAGGACACAGGGACAUGGACUAAAAACUUUGAUCAGAUGUAUUCCUUGUGACUUUGCCUGUGUAUGCACGUCUGCACUGCGCUGACAUCCCUGCUCUAGCUCACUGGACUGCCAACCAGCCAUUUUAUACCAGAUGGAUUUUUUUCUUCUUGUAUUCUUUAAAUCAUUAGCAGAUCAGUAGUAGGGUUCUCAAACCUGAUACUUGAAUUAAUGUAAGCCCCUAAAUGCAUCGUGAAAAGCCAAUAGAUUUUAAUAUUUUUACUAUUAUAAGCAGUAUUCAACACGUCUCGCACACUUAAUUAGUGAUAAACAAUGCAGAAGAAAUUUUAGCCAUUGUGCCAGCUAUAUUAAUGUGGAUGUCAUAUAGGCCAGUUUGCAUGAGACAAGUUAUAAUCCCUCUAUAGUUUCCAUGGCACACAGCUUUAAUAUAUUGCUGCGCUAUUUGCACUUUGCAUCACCUUGUUGAAUAUGUACAUGGAUAGAAUUGCUUAUGACUAGAAGGCAGACAAGCCAGGUCGUUGAGAGAUCCAUAACAUCUGCACACUGUUAUACACGAGAUAACGGUCUAAUUAACGUCCACUUAGUCAUAGCUCAAUACAGCAGACCCUGUAUCACUAACUACUACAUGAUAUGGGGUACCCACCACAGAUCUUGAAUGUAAUGUGAUUUUGAGCACUGCAAGAUGUGACAGUCAUUCUGUGGAUUCAUUAAUCACCUUGUACCAGCAGUCGCAAAUGAAUAACAUAAGUCUGCAACAUAUUUAUGCUUGGGAUAAUGUAGCCUAACACAGCUGCUAAUGGUUUAAACAAACUGUGCAUGCUUGACCAAACCUUUGAAAAGCAGGCUUGUUUGCUUGCUAAGAGGUUUGUUCAAGAUCAUGUCUUGCACCUGGAACGUUCCACAGAACACAUCUCUAUGCCUUGCAUGCUCAUGUACAAAGCAUGGACUGGUUAUGCCUUAUCCACAGACUGCUUACAGUAAGGGAAACAAUGUAUUUUUAAAAGUUGGGUGAACGAUCCAUUUAAGUUAAAUUUGAAAGGUCUUGAUAUCGGUUACUGGGCAGUAUUGUAUUAUUUUUUU